UCAAAAGCGUUUAGUGACAAUUAAGAAAAACACUGUUAGUUUUAGGAUGAACACCACGUUGAAGCACUGGAAGGAGGCGGCCACUCUUAUUUUAGCCGCAGGUCACAAGCUCGGUGCGGACAGUUUGCUGUCAAGGACGCCGCUGACAGCCGCCCAUGGACGGCCACACAUGCCGCACAAGUCCCGCUUCGACUACGACGUUUUACUGCUUAAACGAAGCAGUAAAAGCGGAUUCAUGCCCAAUGCGUACGUGUUUCCCGGCGGCAUGCUGCACUCUUCGGACUUUUCGAGUGAAUGGCUGGACAUUUUCAAAUCUUUCAGUAGCUCUCCUAAGUUUGGGUUAAGAAGUGUCACCCAGCAGGUGGAGACCAGACCUCCAGUGUUCGCCACAGACCGGCUGAAGCUGGGCUCCCCUAUCCCAGGAGAGGUCGCCUUCCGGAUCUGCGCCUUGAGGGAGACGUUUGAGGAGUCCGGGGUGCUCCUGUGUGUGUCUAAACAGGAGGAGAAAAGUUUGUUAAAAAGCAUAGAGGGCACCUGUACCGCUGACCGAGAAGACCCACUGCAUUACAGAGUCAACGAUCUGUGCAGUGGUGAACUCAACAAGUGGAGGGAUCUGGUCAACCAGGACCCGUCUAACUUCAUCAAGAUGUGCAGAGAGUUGCAGGUGUUGCCCAACAUCUGGGCGCUACAUGAGUGGGGCAACUGGCUGACCCCUGCAGGACGAUACGGGGUGAAAAGGUUUGACACGGUUUUCUUCAUCUGCUGCCUGCAGGAGAUCCCAACAGCACUUCAAGAUGAGAAGGAGAUCGUUUCCUUUAGGUGGUCCACACCCCCAGAGGUUCUCCAGAGCUACCAGGCAGAGGAGCUGUGGAUCGCCCCUCCACAGGUCUAUGAGCUCAGCCGCAUGUGCCGCUUACCUUUGCUGAAUGACCUCCACAAGUUCUCCAGACAGCGUGCCACAGAGGGCUGCGAACAGUUGCUGCCUGUUCUUUCCUUAAAAGAUGAACACUCCAUAGCACUGCUGCCAGGUGACAGAUGCUACCCGUCGGUUACUUCAGACGAAGCUGGUCUGGUUACGAGCACAGAGCCUCAGCUGGAGGAUCCUCAGGGGGAAGAUUCUGCACUGCACCGCUUUGUGACCAUAGAUCCAUACACUAUAACUCUACAGAUCACCAUCACUCCCAAGUACAACCAUCUGCUACCUGUUUUGAUGGAAAACUUCCCAUAUGACUCAAAAAAUAAGCUCUGACUUGCACUACCUGUUUUAUGAGCCCCACAACUCCCUUGUGCACAUACAAUGAAGCAAUACAAGUUCACAGCUUUUAAUAAUAUCAGAUAUGCCUUUUUCACAGCAGACAUUAUGACUUGUUAUAGUCGGAAAACCACAGAUGUUACUAAUAACAUAAUGCUUUGUGCUAUUCAUUGACAUCCCACUGACAUUUUGUUAAUUUACCGUAUUUUCCGCACUAUAGGGCGCACUGGAUUAUAAGGCGCACUGUCAAUGAAUGGUCUAUUUUCGAUCUUUUUUCAUAUAUAAGGCGCACCGGACUAUAAGGCGCAUUAAGUGAAACAAAACAGUCAGUCAGUCAAACUUCCUCCACUUCCGUACCAUUGAUUCAUUAAUGUUGAAUUCUCUCGCAGCUGCUCUAUUCCCAUGUUCUACUGCGUGACUGAUAGACUUGAGUUUGAAGUCCGCGUCGUAAGCGUGUCUCUUGACAGGUGCCAUUUUGGGGUCCUUAUACACACACACUGUAAUAUGAUGGUGAAGCACAGUAUGUAUUACUCCGCGACGCUCCUGACUACGGUAGCCGUAAUGCUGCAAGCGGUGCGGCUUUGUAGUUUACCAAAGUCGUACUAAAACAUUUUGACAGAGCGCCGUGUACCACACGAAAUCGCUUCGAGGUCAGUAAGCACAACCAGAAUUAAUCCAUAUUUAAGGCGCUCCGGAUUAUAAAGCGCACUGUCGUUUUUUGAGAAAAUUAAAGGCUUUUAAGUGCGCCUUAUAGUGCGGAAAAUACGGUACAAGCUCGCUAAAGAUCAGUUAGCAAACCCGUUAUCUCUGCCCGGUCGCUAACAUCACUAAAAAUUGCCACAUUUUAUUCAAAAUAAGUAUUUUUAGCACCUACUCCUGUCCGAUAACUGUCAGCUAACCAUCGCUCUUCUGUGGAAGAGUUUUAAGCUAGAGGAGAAUGAAUGGUGCAGCUUGCUCUCGGUUUAUUCAAAGGUCAUCACGGACCAUUUGUGUGGAUUAUUUCCGCCUCCUCUGCUGAUCUCAGCGAUUCCAUAGGAAUUGAUUUUGCCACAGAGUUUUACCGUUUUGAAUCCUGGCGUGUCCAGGCUUUAAGCUGUGACAGUGUGACACAUGCACAAUACCAGGAACCUGAAACUGAAACAGCUUAUUGGAAUUCAGCCAUAGUUGAUUUUAAUAUUAACAACUGUUGCGUUUUGCUACUGUGACAUCUCAAAAUGUCUUCAGUGGGAAAUUUUUAUUGUCUGCUUGUCAAUGACAAGCUUCGACUCGUUUUCAGUAAGUAUUAAAUGGGCUGCGUUUAUGACGAAUAAUUAUGAUGCUUAUUUAUUUUUUUCUUCCAUGUGACUGAUGUGUUGAAGCAUUCAGAUCUAGAGGGAUCUGUCCCUCCACCAGCUCCCUUACUUGUUUUAUUUUUAUGUAAAACAAAUUUGUAUGUGAUGAAUAAGAAGGGAUUGCUAAUGGCCUUAUCGUACAACGAUUUUACUCGGAUACUCAUCUCACAUAAAGUGAGGAAGCCACUUAAUGAGCUUCGUCAGACUUGGAGUGGUUCAGGCUACAUUUGUUUAAGUGUAAGCAGCUGAGUUUUGUUUGAUUUACGGAACUCAUUCCUUAAAUAUGCUGAUUACAAGAAUAUACCAAUUAAAUCAGAUUUUGUUAUGAUUGUUAUACGUGAUUGUGCCCAAAAUUACAAAGAACAACACUGGCCUAGGGCUGAGAGAAAAUGUUGUAUCCCGAUCAAAGUCAUUUCAUACCUCGAUAACCAUCUUUAAAGAAGUUUUCUGGUAAUUUGAUAAAUCAAUAGUCUGGAUGAAAUAACCACAUGGCUUUGUAUACUGUUGUGUGAAUGAAUACUUGACAAAUGAAAAGUACUGACUAUUUUUUCUUAAGUUAUUGUGUUUCAUAACAAUAGGACUCCAUGUAAAAAUGAUAAAUUAUCAUAUUGAUGUAUCGCCCUACAUUGGUCCACUCGUAGUGAGAUAUUAUCAUUUUCUACAUGGAAAUAAAAAAAUACUGUUCAAGAACUUCCUGGCCGGACCUUGACUUUAUGUUUUAGUCUGCUC